CGGAGGAGUGAUGGUUAGUUAGUCGAUAUAUCGGUUGCUCCAUGGUUGACCGGCCUUCCUUCGAAUGUCCAACACACCUUCUCAGCGCUAAACGGCGGUCUUUGCAAGCAUAAUGGCUUCUGGUGUAACAAGAAUGAGUCCAUUGCCGCCCUACCAACUGGGUCCCGACCAUCUGCUAGAUACCUUGCCCCAGAUCUCAUGCGGCGUAGCUGGUUGAUUGGGGAUAGAAGUCCCUGAUCUUAGCGCCAACAGACGUGAUAACAACGCGGUGUGCCCGGGAGGACCAGAGCCCCUUUCUCGAAGAUAUCGAGCGCAUCUGAGAGUUUAACGGUGGUUUUCUUCUUUGAAGCAUGGCUAGAGGACGAGAAUAUCUCUUCUUUUUCUUGCGCUAGUCUGCAUCAGACCUCGCAAGUACACCCAAGAAUUGUAUCUGAGCUGUUGCCAUAUGAGCAAUCCUGUCUGCUCCCAGGGUCCCUAGCGUCACGAGUAUUCCCCUAAAUCGAUGUGCAGGAUCAAUACCUCCAGCGAAGAUCCCGUUUGCUUCUCAGAUGCAUUGCGCAGACACCUACCCUGCGUGUGAGGCUGCGUAUGAUGGUCAAAACAUCGAUGGCAACUGCUCCGUACGUUCCGAAGAAACUUUCGAUGCUCCCGAUUCUGGCUUUUCGAGUGAGGUCGAGCAGCUGGUCGGGUGGUAUGACCACUUUGAUGAACCCGUACUAUGAUCUCGGUUCCCGCGAUUACUCUCGAAUCCUAGUUCUGGAAAGUUAGCCAAAGACAUUGAGCAGAUGAGAACACGACUAUCGUCACGUAAA